AUGGGUCUUAUUGCUGGGAGUUUAAUAGCGAAACUGCUUGAGCACCCGCAAUCUAUACGUUUUUUUCACGUCCAGGAUGGUGUUGUACUUAGUGGGGAAUUCCCCUACAAGGAUGAACACCGGAUGGGUCGAUUACUAAUAUUACAGCAAGAACCCCAACCGAGUGAACAGAAAAGAUUGAGGAAAUCCAUCACAUCUUCUCUUUCCACUUCAGUGAAUGAAAGUACACCCACAGCAGAGGAAACAGUAUCUAAUAAAGUUACUGAAGAAAGUAAACAAGAUAAGAAUGAUGGAAAUUUCUUACUCUGGGUACCCUACACUUAUCUUGCUGUUAACUUUCCACACUUACUCCCACCAACAUUCAGUCAUCUUAUUGAUUCCACAACGAAUAAAGCAGAUGAAAAAACGUGGAAAUAUAUUACCUGUGCUGCGAUUAAAAACAUUUCAAGAGUACAACGUCGUACAAAUUCCUUUGGGAUGCCUAUCAUUAUAUUAACUUUUCUCGAUGGAACAUCAAUGCAUCCACUCAUCUUUCGACAUGGAGGUAUUACAAAAUUUCUGGAGGCAUUAAAGAAAAUAACUCCUAUGCGACAGUCUCCUUUCCCAGAUGACUUUGUUGUAUAUGGGGACUAUGAUGCCAUUGUAGCAGAGACGGCAGCUGCGGCUGCGGCAGAAUCUUCUCAUUCCACGAGAGAAGAACUUAAUGAAAGUAGUCAUUCACCAACACCGCAAUGUUCUGAUAGUCAUAAUAAUAAUAAUAAUAAUAAUAAUAAUAAUAAUAAUAAACGGAGUUCAUUUUUUGAGGAUGUCUCUCGUGAAGAAUUACAACGUGUAUUGUAUGGAACUGGUGAAGUUUUUAAUGGAGCACGUCUUCGUGAUUCGUUAAAUUUAACAUUUAACCGCGUGCGAUUAAUGCUUCGAGGUUUUCCCGAUCAAAAGCACAACAAUACAUCUUCAAAUUCCACGCCAUCAUCUCAAUUUCUGAAACCCAGCAACCAUAAUAAUGAUAGUGAAAUUAAUAAUGAUCAUGACCACGAAAAUCCAUUAAUGGAUGAAGGGUUUGAUCUCGUAGAUGAACUCAUUCCCAUAGAGAAGCAAGUACCACGGUUACCAGAACCACAGAAUGGAAGUAUGGCAUCUCCACUCACGGCUGCUGAAUGGGAAAGUUGUUUUAAUGGAGAAGAUCGUCAAAUUGAUAUUCACCGCCUUGAAGAGGCGAAACUUAUUGUAUACAUGGGAGGAGUGGAACCAGAUAUUCGGUUCCAAGUAUGGUGUUUUAUGCUUAAUGUGUAUCCAGAUGUACAAAACUCUACAGAGUCCAAGCGGCAGGAAAUUCGAGAAAGAUACGCACAUAUGUAUGAGAAACUCACUCUACAAUGGACAAACAUAUUUCCAGAACAAGAGAGUCACUUCUCUGCGUUCCGUGAAAUUCGUUCUUCUAUUGAAAAAGAUGUUGUACGUACAGAUCGUUUUCACUCUGCAUAUGCAGAAAGUGAAAGUGAUAAACUACGUAUGUUACGUCAUGUUCUUAUGGCUUAUGCAUUAUUUAAUUUUGAUUUGGGUUAUUGUCAAGGGAUGAGUGAUGUACUCUCUCCUAUUAUUCUCCUUGCUGAAACGGAGGUGGAAGCAUUUAUGUGUUUCCGUUGUUUUAUUGAAGAGCAUUGUGGGAAUAAUUUUAGACAUGAUGUUCGAGUUGGAAUGGAAGUGCAAUUUCGUGCACUACGUACACUUAUUAGAUUUUUUGUCCCUCGACUCUUUACGCAUUUGGUCAAUCAACAUGCAGAUGAUAUGGGGUUUUGUUUCCGUUGGUUACUAAUGCUCUUUAAACGUGAAUUCCCUAUUGAUGAUGCCAUGUUACUUUGGGAUGUAGUGAUUAGUUGUCCCUAUACACCACACUUUGAGUUAUUUAUUGCGGCGGCCUUAUUAAAGGCCAUCACUCCACAAAUACUUGAACAACAUCUCACAUAUGAUGAAUUGCUUAAAUUUGCCAACAGCACCGCUGGAAACCUCAACGUGCGUCAUUUGAUUCUAUUGGCACAAGAAUUCUACGAUCAUGUGGCUAGUCAUGUUAUUGCGUUAGACAGUCCAGGGACUACAAUCGAAAGCUACCGACCGACUCUUGAUGAUAUUCUUAAGGUUCUGGAAGGAUCUUGCAAGUGA